AACUGAAAAUAAAUAAGUGACAGAAUUGAAUAAACUUUAUCGAUCGGUCAGUUGUUGUCAGAAGAAUUGUGGCGCUGACAGUGCCUCUGGUCGAAUCUGGCGUCUGUGGACGGUGUGUCACGUGGUUUAAAUCCGGCUGAACCGUCAUUUCGUGUGGUGAGAAUGACUGCUCCGAUAAAAAAACGUGAUAUUCAACGAAGUACCGAAAGCAGCGACGAUGACAAUCAGAGUUGUAACAGCGAGGGUAACGAGCAAGAUGCAUUGGAGGAACAGGGAAUGGUAAUUCAAGUAGACUUUGAGGGAAGAUGUCCGUUAGACCCAGAUUAUCAUGGGAUUAAGACUCUUUUACAGCAACUGUUCUUGAAAGCACAUAUCGAUGUAGGUGGUCUCACAGAUUUGAUUAUUUCUCAAAACUAUGUGGGAUCCGUUGUUAAACAAUCGGAAGAUUUAGAAGAUACAGAUGACGAAGACAACGAAGAUAAUAGCGACGUGUUUGGUAUUACUACAGUAAUUAAUUUAUCUAAUGGACAGAACCAUCUCUGCAUACAACAACUCAGAGAUCUGUUAAGACAGUUAGCGAAUGAACAUGCGACAGAUGCGACCAAUACUAUGAUAAAACACGUUCUCGAGAACGAUUCGGAAGCUUUAGGCUUAUUAAUUAACGAAAGAUUCGUUAACAUUCCCGCACGAAUUUCCGUGCCGCUUUUGGAAAGUCUAACUUCCGAAAUAAAGCGAGCGAAUAGCAAAAAAAUGCCAUUCAACUUUUCCUACUACGUACUGAUCUGUAAAUUAUACAAAACGGAAGACCAAAAAAUUGGAAAACAAUUGAAAAAUAAGAAAAAGAGUAACAUGGAAGAACCAACAAUUUUGUGGAGUAAUCCAGAGGAAGAAAUUUUUGCAGAGGAAGCAACGUUCAGUUUUGAAUUUUCCGUCGAAAAAGAAUCGGACAGUGGUCUGUCCGGAACAUGGAGCGAAACGGAUAACGAGAUGGUACCCUAUAAAAGGAUUCUUCUGUUCGAAGCGACGAAACUACAGCAAAUUAUUGAUAAAAUAAAAGUACAUGUUUCUUUUCUAUAGAAUAAAAAAAAACAAUCAAAAAGUCUAACAAUAAA